AUGCGACAACCUUCUCUCGCGAGAUUUCGUUUUCCCGGAAGUGUUGGCGGACCUUUUCUGCUAACGGCGUCGAGAUGUGCAGGGACUGUGUGGAGAAGGAGUACCCCAACCGGGGUACCAUCUGCCUGGAGAAUGGAUCUUUUUUGCUGAACUUUACAGGCUGUGCAGUAUGCAAUAAGCGAGAUUUCAUGCUGAUCACAAACAGAUCUUUGAAAGAGGAAGAUGGAGAAGAAAUUGUUACCUAUGACCAUUUGUGUAAGAAUUGUCAUCAUGUAGUUGCCAGGCAUGAGUACACAUUCAGUAUUAUGGAUGAAUUUCAGGAAUAUACGAUGCUGUGUCUGUUAUGUGGCAAAGCUGAAGAUACUAUCAGUAUUCUCCCUGAUGACCCCCGACAAAUGACUCUGUUAUUUUAAAGCUUCUCUGGAGUUCUGUUUUAACUGUGUUGUAUUGGUUUAUAAUAGCAACAAGCCUAGUUUGUUUAUAAAGGCAGUUAUUUGAAUUUUUUUUUUUUUGCUUGCGACACACUAUUCUUUGAAAGAAAAGAUAAGGUAGGGGCUUACUUGUCUCUACAGCUGAUAUCUUUGCUAAAGUUCCCAGUUCACAUCAGUGCUGCCAGAAUGAAGCAUCUUUGUUAGCAUUUAUGUAGUUUAAAAAUAAGUAGACUGAGGGACAUACCUCAUUCCCAUUUGGUGGAUUCAGUAGAGGUAACCGUGGUUCUUUGAAGAAAUGACUAAAUCUAGUACUGGGUAGUCCUAAAUGAGCAUCUAUUGUGACGUAAACUGGAAGUGCUCGAUAAAGAAAAUAUAAUGGUUAAAAUAAAUACAACAAUUGGAAAUGUUUCCAGUUUACAGAGGAGCCAGCUGAAGAAGAUCCUAGUGACCAAAGUUGGAAAACUUUGAGCAAAAAUAUUAAAUAGCAUUAGAUUAUAUCCCAAACUAUAAAAUACGUGUCCUGAAUCUGUAUUAAUGUCAAUAAAUGGUUGAUUAAGCAGAUGCAUAAAUUGAAGAGAUUUGAAAAAUCUCUCAUGCAGAAAAA